AGAUAACAGUUUCCUAUCCAUUUGCUUGUCCUAUUAAUUUUUAUAUUGUUAGAUUUUGACUUUUAGGCACAAGUCAAUUCUGGCAUAACGAAAUAUUUGGAUUAAGCAGUCAUUAUGUGGAGGAUAAUAGCGUUUAGCAUUGUGAUCGUGGGCUUAGCUGCUGGCAAGGUCAGCUAUGAGGAUUAUAAAGUUUUCAGCAUUUACCCGACAACUCAAAGGCAACACGAAUUAUUGAGAAUGAACAUAAGACAAUUUAACUACUGGUUCUGGAAAGAACCAAGUUGGAUAGACAAAGAAGUUCAACUUAUGAUACCUCCACACGAUCUCGGCACUUUUUAUGAAAUUGCAAACAUUAUCGGGAUAACCUAUAAACUCAAAAUUAACAAUGUCCAAAAACUAAUCGACAAUACGUUUACAAAGCAUCAAUCGAAGGGCUUUGAUUUUCAUAGCUAUCAUACUCUUCAAGAAAUUUACGAUGAUCUGGAAGAUCUAGCUAAGAAGUAUCCCAAAGUAGAGGUCGUCGCGCCCGGCGAAACAUACGAAGGACGUUAUAUCAAGGGUGUUGAGAUAAUUAAUAAUGUAGAAUUUCCUGGAAUCUUUAUUGAAGGCGGUAUACAUGCCAAGGAAUGGAUUUCUCCGGCAACUGUCAUGUAUAUUUUGCACCAAUUAUUGACUAGUGAAGAUCAGAAAGUGAAAUCUGUAGCUAACAAUUUUAAUUGGUUUAUUUUCCCAGUAUUUAAUCCUGAUGGAUAUGAGUUUACAUUUAAUAACACUCAUGGGGACCGAUUAUGGAAAAAAUCUCGCAAACCGUUCAAUUCUAGCUGUAUUGGAGCAGAUCUCAAUAGGAACUGGGGUUUUGGAUGGUAUAAUGUUAGUAGGAAAGAUCCUUGCAGUGAUAUUUACCCCGGAAAUAAACCAUACUCAGAAAAAGAGAUAAAAACUAUGGCCCGAUACAUACGCAAUAGAAAACAUCAUUUCUUCGCAUAUGUCGCGUUCCAAAGUUACGGCCAACUAUUGACGUUUCCUUAUGGUUAUACGAAGGAACGAAUCUCCAACUAUGAUCGCUUGUAUCAGCUUGGCAAGAGAGUAAUCGACGUUCUUAAACAAAGACAUAAUACUAAAUAUGAGAUCGGAGCUAUUGGCGAGUUCUAUUACGAUUUGCAGGGCGGUUCUAGUACAGAUUACGUGGCAGGUUUUCUCAAUAAAACUAUCGUCUAUCUCUACAAAUUGCGCGAUAUAAAUGAUUACGGCUUCUUGUUACCACCUGAGUAUAUCAUCCCGACUGGAGAGGAGACUCUAGAUUCUCUUGUAGCUAUGAUUAACUUCUCAAUUUUAUUUGGCUAUGAUUUAUGA